GCGGCCUUUCGGCCACGGUUCUCGUGUCUAGGGUUUCCGCGUUCGGACCUCUCCGGUUGGGUGUGUGUGUAUAUAUAUAGAGGUAGAGAGGCCUUCAUUUCGGUGCUCAAGGGUUUCUUGUGAUUGCUUCCUGUCCUCCGGCGCGACAAUGGGGAGACGUCCUGCACGAUGUUAUCGUCAGAUUAAGAAUAAGCCAUAUCCAAAGUCAAGAUACUGCCGUGGUGUUCCGGACCCUAAGAUCAGGAUCUAUGAUGUUGGAAUGAAGAAGAAAGGAGUUGACGAGUUUCCCUUCUGUGUUCACCUGGUUAGCUGGGAGAAGGAGAAUGUAUCUAGUGAGGCUCUUGAAGCUGCACGCAUUGCGUGCAACAAGUAUAUGACAAAGUUUGCUGGGAAGGAUGCUUUCCACUUGAGAGUCAGGGUGCAUCCAUUCCAUGUUCUGCGUAUUAAUAAGAUGCUUUCCUGUGCUGGAGCUGAUAGGCUUCAGACCGGGAUGAGAGGUGCCUUUGGGAAACCACAAGGAACAUGUGCCAGAGUGAACAUUGGUCAGGUUCUUCUGUCUGUUCGUUGCAAGGAUAACAAUAGCAACAAUGCACAAGAAGCCUUACGGCGUGCCAAAUUCAAGUUCCCUGGCCGUCAGAAGAUAAUUGUCAGUGGAAAGUGGGGCUUUACUAAAUUUACCCGAGCCGACUAUAUGAAGUUGAAGACUGAGAACAGAAUCGGCUCAGAUGGUGUCAAUGCCAAGCUACUCGGAUGGCAUGGGCCGCUUGCUCGCCGGCAACCUGGAAGAGCUUUCUUACCUCCUGCAGCAGCUGCAGAAGCUUCUAGCUCCCGUGAAAGCUCUGAUGGCAACGGAAGCGAGGCCUCCACCUCGAGCAGGUACCGCCUUGUCUUCCCGCCCGCCCGUUUCAUCGAGUCGCCGCUUUCGGCCACUCUGGAGCGCCUGGGAGCCUCGUUGGCGAGGCCGGGCCGUUCGGAGAGCGAUAGCUCCGUCAGAGGUCAGCUACGAGGCCAUUAUUCCGGCAGGAUCGAUGAGUCCACCACCUCUACGAGCAGCGGCGAUGGCCACUCGAUAGGGAUGGUCUGGUCGGACUCUCCGGACGGGCGGAGCGCGGGUUCGCGAAGUUCUGAUGGUGUUUCGAGCCCGAUGGUUGGUUCUUCGUCGGGAAGUGAUGGUGUGGCUCGACAGGCGGCUUUGUCAUCUUCCUCUAUGCCGACGUCUGCCUCGUCCUCUGGUAGCAUGAGCACCGAGGGUGAGCUCAAUGACACAGCAGAUAAUUUUAUGAACAUACUAAUCCAGAGAUCCGAGGUACAGGAUUUAGCGAGGUGGAUCGAACGCGUGCUGCCAUUCUCGCUGUUGCUUUUGAUAGUCUUCAUCAGACAACAUUUUCGAGAUCUCUUCGGCCCAAUCUGGAUCGCUGCGGUGAUGGUCAAAUCCAAUGACAUUGUGAGGGCACAAACUGCUUUAGAGGGGGGGCGAAAAGUAUACGUGCUUGCUGGGAUCACGCUGGCCUUCAUAAUUCAUGUAUACGGAGUGUACUGGUGGCACAGGAACGAUGAUCUUCUAUACCCGCUGGUCAUGAUUUCCCCAAAAGGAACUCUGGCCUUUUGGCGUGCCUUGUUCAUCAUCCUGGUCAAUGACACGAUGGUGCGCCAAGUUGCUAUGGCUGUGAAGUGUAUGGUCUUGAUGCGUUACACAAGCAGUAGAAGCAACGAUCAUCGUAUGCAGGGGAAGAUAUUGACGGUCGUCGAAUACUUCCUACUGCUGUAUCGGUUUUGGUUGCCAUCUCCCGUUUGGUAUCGGUUCUUCCUGGACAAGGACCAUGGAAUCAGCUUUUCAUACCUCAUCGCUGGGCUCUACCUCCUCUUCAAGCUGACAUCGGCUUCAGAGAAAGUUCAGCUAGUCUUUGCUGCGUUGAAGGCACUAUCAAGAAGCGAAGGAGAUGAUGGGGGAUCGUAUGCGACAACCGAACAGGUAAACGAAGCCGGUGAUCUUUGUGCCAUUUGCCUCGACAGAAUGCGUGCUCCCGUCGUGCUUCACUGCGAACACGUAUUCUGCGAAGACUGCAUCUCUCAAUGGUUCGAGAGAGAACGAACGUGCCCCAUUUGCAGGGCACAGAUUAGACGACCGGCAGCCCUCCGGUCGUACGCGGAUGGCUCCACAAGCUUGCUCUAUCAGCUGUUCUAA